GAGAGAGUGUGAGGGUAAGAGAGGGAGAGAGAGUGUGAGGGUAAGAGAGGGAGAGAGAGUGUGAGGGUAAGAGAGGGAGAGAGAGUGUGAAUAAGCCUGGUGUUUGAUCUCUGCUUUACUGUGCGCACGUGGCUGCGUACACUCUAUGUCUCUCUCAUCUCUCUCUCACUCACCCUUUCUCUCUCACUCACCCUUUCUCACUCACUCACUCUGAGUGUGUUUGUUUUUAUGUGGUAAGCUCUCUGUAGUAUUGUGAUUCAUAUGUUCUCCUACAGUUACGUGCGAUUCUAUAGGAUCUGCUUGGAUUCGCUCCUUCUCUCUCAUCCCUCUGUGAACAAGAGGACAACAUUUUCUCUCCUCAUUUAUACCGGUUAAUUCUGGGAAAUCUGUACAAUUUUGAAGUACUAGAUCCAUUCAACCAAGGAGGAGAGGAGCUGCCAAUGUGGGGCUCAGGCAGCAUGAACCGUCCGGGGGCGGUCCCUGCCUUCCUCAGGACCCCCACGGUGAUCCCGCCCCCGCUGGACAUGAAGCAGUACCUGCAGUUCCCCAUGGACACAGCUCUACCACAACACAGCAUGGGCCUGUUCCACAACUUCAACACCAACAGUUACUCAACAAUGGACCCGGUACAGAAGGCAGUGAUGAACCACACCUUCGGCCCCCCCAUGAUGAAGACCAAACGACCCAUCAUCUCCUGCAACGUCUGCCAGAUCCGCUUCAACUCAGAGAGCCAGGCAGAGGCCCACUAUAAGGGGAACCGGCACGCUCGGAGGGUAAAGGGCAUCGAGACCUCCAAGACUCGCCCCAAGGAGGGUGACAAGCCGGCCGCUCCCCCCACUGCUUCCCCCACUCCACCAGGCCCCUCACCAUCCAGCCCAGACCCUGACACCAGCAAACAGGGUGAUUCCCACCCACAUUCAAACAGCUCACCCAUGACACCCAGCCCCAUGUCUGUGCCAGACACCCCAGACACCCCCAUGCAGUUCCCUGUGUGCCCACUCCUGCCCCCUCUGAGUACGCCCAUGUCUACCACCUCCACCCCCUCCCCGGCCCUUGGUCCCCCCCAGGUGGACACCCCCAUGGUGGGCCCCCCUGACACCGCGUCCCCAGCCCCCAGCCCCUCUUCAGGGGAGUCUGAGGAGGACAAAGCCAAGAAGAUGCUCUACUGCUCACUGUGCAAAGUGGCCGUCAACUCCCUCUCUCAGCUAGAGGCGCACAAUAAAGGUACCAAACACAAAACCAUCCUGGAGGCAAGGAGUGGGCUGGGCCCCAUCAAGGCGUACCCUCGGCUGGGCCCUAACCCCAGCCCCGAGCAGGCAGGGGGGCUGCCCUCGGACCCCAACACUCAGGAACGCACCUUCCACUGUGAGAUCUGCAAUGUGAGGGUGAAUUCUGAGCUGCAGCUCAAACAGCAUAUAUCCAGUCGAAGGCAUCGGGAUGGAGUCGCUGGGAAGCCAAAUCCCCUCCUCAGCCGGCACAAGAAGCGCACAGACUUUGUGUCUUCUUUGACCUUCUCUAAGGACCUUCCAAAAACUCUGGGCCAUGGACUGUUUCCCAACCCCCUGGCUGUUGCUGCGGCGAUGGCAGCCGCUGCCUCCUCAAAUCAGCUGGCUCAGCUGCGUGCCCCUCGUCCUAUUUCUCACCCUCAGAACUACCACCCCCACCACCACCUCCUACAGAGCACACUACAGGGCACGCACCUCAGCCUCCUACGGCCCGCCCCUGGGCCGAUGCGCACCACCCAUGGGCCAAUCCUCUUCUCCCCUUAUUGACGGUGGUGGGACGGGGGCCAAUCAGGAAGAAGCACACUGUGAAGUAAACAGGGAAAACCAUUGAUAGAUAAUCAACAGAUGUUAAAACUGAAACAUUUGACGGAGGAAAGACUAUGCCUGUCCCCCUCCACCUUUCUUCAUUCGACAACUUCCAAAGCAAAGGAUUGACGGCUUGCAGUCGUUUUAAAGAGGAAGGAUGCAUGACAGACUCAGAUGGACUUUCUGUACAUGCUCUCCCUCCUUCAAUCCUCCUCCCACAUUUAGUUGACUCUGAGAUACGUAUAGCAAAAAAAAUGUAUAGGUCAAACUAUACAAACUAUGGCUGACUCAGUAAACUGAGCUCUGUUCUUGUUUCCUGUUUCCAGCACAUCUCUGUAGUUUUGGUUCAGUGCUCACCCACCCAAAGCCACCUGCUAUAUCAGUCCAUAAUAUAAAUAAAAAGCACACUAGGUUAGACACAGUAGCUGCCUCUGCUCUUAGUAAUGUUUCAUAAUUCAUAGUACAGUAGAACCAAUAGUGCAUUACUGCAAACCCCUGUUGGGGUGUUCAAUAACCAAACCCCUGUUGGGGUGUUCAAUAAUCAAAGUGCAGUACCUACCUACCCCACUCUGUAGUUCCAGGUUCUAGAUUAGGUGCCUGCUCUGCAGAUCAAGGCACAAGGUACUGUAUGUUUCCAGGUACUAGAUAUAUGUUCUAGUGUUGUGGAUGAUAGAUGUUAGUCUAUAUAUCCUCUGUUGUCAGAUCAGGUGAGAGAGAGAGAGAGAGAGAGAGAGAGAGAGAGAGAGAGAGAGAGAGAGAGAGAGAGAAAGAAAGAAGGCUUCUAAACCCCACUGUGAUUCAAUGGAGAAAUGUGUAGUGAAUGCAUCAAGAUUGAGGGAAAUGUUUUUAAGAAAUCACAAUAAGAAAUUUGAAUAAUGAAUUAAGUUAAAAUGGACUUAAACCAUUUAACUGUUGUUUUCCUAGCAGACCUCCACUUUCAGUCUUAUUGUCUGUAAGAAGACAGAGGGAAAGGGAAAGUGGGACAUUGUUAUGUGCCUGAAUCAAAUCACAUCCAAUUUUAUUUGUCACAUGCGCCGAAUACAACUUGUGUAGACUUUACCGUGAAGUGCUUGCGUACGAGCCCUUCCCAACAAUGCAGAGUUUCAAAAUAAAAUAGUAACAAAAGAAGAAGAAAAAUUCACAAUAAUUAAUACAGUAAGUACCAGAUCAAUAUGCAGAGGUACGAGCUAUUUGAGGUAGAUACAGUAUAUUCAGAAAGCAUUCAGACCCCAUCACUUAUUCCACAUGUUGUUACG